AUGUUGUGGUUAACAUUUUGCCGGAUGUCCGAAGGUCAAAGCCCUUCAAGGUCACGUGUCGCCCUUACCUCUCUCAUGAAUAUCUUUGUAUUGGUAUCUAUCGUCUUAUUUCUUAAAGCGGGAAAUGGGGGAUCUUUCGGUGCACCUAAGAAGCUGCCGCAAGAUGAAGUUACAAUGGAGUCAUACGCUGCUCUAUUAGCCAAGGUGGCAGGCAAGAUCAAUGACCAUUAUGGACUUCAGAACCUGCACAUCAUAACUAAGUUGCUGAACGCCACUUCUCAGGUAGUUCAGGGAAUAAAGUAUACAUUCUUCGUUGAACUUUCCCCCACAUCGUGUACAAAUUUUGAUCAGGAAACCUAUGCUUCCGUAGAUACUGCUAUUUUUCAACAGAAUUCUUGUGGCAUAGUUUCUGGAGAGGUGUGCAAAGCCACCGUAUGGGAACGACCAUGGCUUCCUUCAAAUGAAUCAGAAAUAAUAGACAUAGUUCACUGUUCAUCGAACAGUGAACAGAUUUGA